GCAGAACCCGAGUGAAGGGGGGGUGUUGUGGGGGGGGCGGUCACGUGACUCGCCGGCGAGCUGGAUGUGCACGUGCAUCUUGGCGCUGUGGAAGUGGGGCGGCGAGGAGGAGAGCCUCCCGAGAGGUCACGUGACCCCUCCCGCCGGCUGACUCGCCCCCCCCGCCGCCCGCCCCGCGCUGCAGAGACGCGCCGGCGAGCAGCUGCCUGGAAGGGCUUCUCCGCCACUGCAGCAGCGGAGCUGGCAGGGAAGGAGCGCAGGCAGAGGCGGAUCGAUCGCCGUCUCCCCGAGACUUCCAUGGCUGCGCCCGCCUCCCCUUCCUCCUCCUCCUCCUCCUCCUCGUGAGCCUCUUUCUCUCUCUCUCCGGGCCACGUCCUUGGAAGCGCAGCGGAGGCAGCAUGUGGAGAGGGUAGGUCGGGAGCCCUCCUGCGGGGACCCGUUUCCAGCCGGGAUGCGGAGGCAGGGAGAGGCGGCCGUGGCACUUUCCCUGGCCUUUUGUCCUCUGUCUGUUUCAUCUGCACCUCGGGGAAGGUGCCGCUUGCUUUUGCAGCCCGGUCCUGCUGCUCCUGGGAAGGGAAGGAGCGGCGGGAGGCAGCGGGGGAAAGUGGCGGGAUCCAGGAGGGAGGGGAGAGAGAGACGGGGUCCCGAGCGCUGGCGCCGCCGCCUGAGGGAAGACGCGGCUGUCUGGGCGGGCGGCGAGGUGAUUCCCUGGACCUUCCGGGUGCCGUCGAGGCUCCGCGCGGCCUCCCUCCCGCUCGCCUUCCCCCGUUGCCGGUCGCAAACUUUCUCCCGGACGCUUGGGAUGCCGCUGCCCGAAACAAGGCAAUGCCGUCGGGUGCGGGUUGCCGUCUAGUUCCCGCAACGCCGGAGAGCGUUAAUAACCCUGUCUCCAGAAGUUUUAGCGUCCAAACUCCGUUUUAAAAACCCAGCCUCCUUCAGCUUCCCGCCAGCCCUGCAAGGUAGGCUCCUGUCACCCCCAUUUUACAGACAGAGGCUCCCGUUUCCUUUGCAUGCAAUGCGGUCCCACAGCUAGUUUGGGAAGUGGUGUAGGCAGGACACAAGCCGCACAUCAUUUCGGUUCCUAAUACUACAUGCCCCACCCCAUAAAAAAAACAAAACAAUCCAGUUUCAAACCGAAUUGAGAAAAACAAACGACCUGACCGCAUUUUAAGCAGGUAGUGUGUACACAGCCAAGGGAGAAAGAACUGUCCCAGGUGGAACCUUGACUGACCUGUACUUGGAAUAACUUCAUGUUUUGCCACUAAGGGCAGAUAUACAGGGCAGAGGAUGGGUUUAAGAUGCAGGGCAGCACAGGUAGCCUGAACAUUAGGGAAAUGUUUCUUAUGAGCCUCCAGUUUGAUGAAAUUCCUAGUUAGAUGUGCUACCUAUAUUCCCCUGAGGGCAUUUCCACUCAUUUAAGCACUAAAACCAACCCACAGUGUGAAUAGAAAGCCUAAAUUGGCUGGGAUAUACGUUGGAUUCCUCUUUUGUGUUUUCUCAUAAAUUCACAAAGUUGGAAAGCAGAACAACUGGAACAUCUUAGAGGGUCAAAAUCACCCUCUAAGUGCCAGUGUGUAGCAAUAGACUCAGUCCCCAGGAUUUUAUUGGAAUUCUUAGGGGCUCUGUUCAAGAACAGUUUGGUACUCUCUUGGUGUUUGGCUUGAGAGGAGGACCAUGAGUUUUACAAUACACAGUAAGCUGUUUGCUCCUGGGAAGAAACAGCUUUGGCACCCCCAUGCCCUCAUGCUCAGGAUUGCAAAGGGAGGGUUAAAGUAAGUGAUUUUGCUUCUAGGAAGGAAAUGGAAAUUCUGAAAAUCCAGUUCUUCAUUUUGGAUGCCAGUGGCUUGUCUGAUCGCUGCUGAUGAAUAGGGGACAGUGACCUCAGGUUUGCUGCAGAAAUAUUAGCCACAGAGAAGGGAAUUGCAUCCCCAACCCCCAUGCUGAAAAGUUUUCUGGCUGGCAAAAGGAUAUAAAUGAGGCACAUCAAAACCCUACAGUGACCUUGGUUUAAUUGUUGACAUGCUGUCAAAGUCUCUAGGACAUCAGAGAUGCUGCCUGCAUCAUGUGGCAACCAGAUACUGUGGGCUCUCGUGGCAAGGCUUAUUUGAGGAAUUCUGUGCAAGGGGAUCCAGUCUGAAGCAGUAGCUAUUAAGAAGCAUGGUAAUUUCAAACUUUUGGGUACAUUUGUUGCAAAGUGUGCACAUUUUACCUGUGCCUGGAAAAAAAUAUGCAGGUCUACAUCAAAAUUUGUCUAGGCAUCCAUCCAUUCAUUUUUGCACCACAUGCUAGCUUUAGUUAAGGAUGUCAAAGGAGACUAGAGAAACUCUGGCCUGUGCCUUUCCUUCUUGCAACCUCCCCUGCACAACAAUUAUGCUUAAAAAGCAGGUUCCAUAGUUGUCAAUGGGAGCUUACUUUUAAGCCUAUUUGCUGCAGGGGGUGAUUUUCGAUGUAUGUCUCAUAGGUGAGGAGGGAAAAGUUAACCUUUUGUUCCUGCAUGUUGUGAUCCCCCCCCCAUUUUUUUCCACCCCUGCUGCACAGCAAUUAGGCUAGGGGAAAAACAGCUUUGCACUGGUGCAGAAGAUUCCUAUUUUUGUUCUAAGUUUUAGAAUCAAAUUGGGGGGGUGUAUAUGACAUCUGCGCAAGACAGGCUCUUGAUCUGUAAAAGCAGAAGUUUGAGGAAUAACAUGAUUUGCUAAUUAAAGUACAGCAGUGAGCCCCCGAAAACAAACCUGUCAGCAUUGUUCCCGAACUAAUAGUUGGUGCUACUGUAAUACAAUCCUGUAUUCAGAAGGCCACAGUGAAACUUUGUCAGUUUGUAUAGCAAACCUUAUGAUGCUGUAGUUUUCCAGCUACUAACUACCUCUCCACAUUAGUAAAAGAAGGCAAGACUUUGUACAGUGAAACAUAGAUGGCAUCUAUUCUGGAGUGCAAGGAUUAGUAGAAUGGCAAAGAGCAGUCUUAUCCUUGCAUCGGCAAGGGAAUAUUUUUGUUCUCUUGGUGACAGAGCAUAUUCCUAGCAGAUUUGGGAGUGGGGUGGGGAUGAUGAGAAUCAUUGGGACACGCUCUGAUGUCUGUGCUCCCUGCAGAUUUGUGCUGAAAGUGUCCCACAGGCUUUUCGUACAGGAAACAGCCCUGUCUGAUCAGUUCUGCAGGAAACCGCCAGGGCCUCCUGUUAAAAAUGCAGAUCUUGCAUGUUUACACCCACCCUGCUUCAUUUUGGCAGAAUCUGACUUAAUACUUCCCAUUGUGAAGACACUUGAUGAUAUGCAUUGGGCUCCUGAACUAGAUUUGCAGAUUUGCCACAUCCAGCUUAGGGUUGCUACCUGAAGGGCUCCCAAACAGAGACUGCAUUUGUGAAACAAUUAAGAGAACAACAUUAUUACUUGUGUCAGAACAUUGACAGCACUUCUGUCCUUUUAAACAAUGUGGCAGAUGUAAUACACUUAGGGAGAAUCGUCUUCAAAGGGAAGAUGUACUGUAUCUUAAAACUUAAUCAGGGACAGUUCAUUGAGAUAAGCAGAAGGGGGCAAUUCUAAUCCAGUCUAACAGUAGCCACAGCACAGUGUGUGAGAAUCUGUGUCCUCCUCUUGAUGUCCAUAGUUUCCAACUGGUCAGCCAGUUCAAACAACGUGUGAUAAAUGAGUGGGGCAGAAAUAGGAGUAAAAUGACAAGCUGCCAUCCAUGGGCAUUUAUCCGGAGAUAUGACACAUGUUGCAUGGUGGGUUUGCAGCUGAGAGGCAGCACAGCAGGAUGGAAGAGAGAUAUAAUAAUAAUAAUAAUAAUAAUAAUAAUAAUAAUAAUAAUUUAUUUGUAUUCCACCCUCCCUGGCCGAGGCCAGGCUCAGAGCGGCUAACAUCAUAAAAACAACACAAAAGAUGGGGAUGGGCUUGAAGGAAGAUGGGGGGGGGGGGAAUCAUCAGAAAGGGAAGAGAAGAAGCGAAAACUUGUUCCCGAAAGAAUAAGAACACUUCUUGAAAGUAUUGCUGGGGCUGCUCCUUUUUUAGAUAAAGAGCCAUUUACUCCCAUGUGAGCUGGGAAAGCUGCUCAUAAAGUUUGCACUGGGUUCUCAUACAUAUGUUACAGGAUAAAAUCUUCUUCAGCUUUCCACCUUAACCUGAAAGAGAGACCACAACUUUGGGUUUUAUGAGCACCUGAGGAAAAUCUGUCUUUAGAAGACGCUUGCAAUGAGGCAAAUGCUUUCUUGCUCCCCACCCGCCUUUCUUGAGUUUGUUAGAAAGUGUUCCUUCCAAAAUAAAAACUCAUCAUUUGCACGUUUUGUGAAGCAGUGCCUGAAUUCUAUUUGAGAGAACAGACAUGUUGCUGCCAACAACUGUUGGAGGGGGACAGGAGGAGAAGGAGAGAGCAGCCGCUUUCUACCAUUUUAAAGCAACUCCUAAGUAUUUCCAGAGAGCUGGCAGUGGACUUCAUGUGGGGUGAGAAGAAAGGCUUUUGAUAUGCAGUACCCCUUUCCUAGCUUUGCUGUAGGAAAUGCUUUGGACCUUAGCUAUUUUGUUCGGCUGGCAGUUUCCUUCACUGGAAAACUGUUGCUGACUGAAGCCCUUUCAAACUAGGCUAGCCCAAUUAUGUUGUGCUUCGCCUUGCUUCUUUUUGUGAAUAAUGUUUUUGUACUUUUGUAUCUUUAAAGGGUGUAUGUCAAACGUGAAUCAAGUUUAAAAGUGCUUUGUUGCCUAUUUGGCAAAAAGGCCCUUUUAAAUAGCCUCUGGGUUCACAAUAAAAUGACGUAUGGAAGGAAAGCAGUAGUCAUUCUUGGCAGUUUGAGCCAGGAAUUAGGAAUCUACUCCGUAGAGCAGGGAUGAGGAACUUCUGAGCUGUGGAUAGACUCUGACUGCCCAUCAGCCCCCAGCCAGUGUGGUUAAUGGUCAGGGGAUGGUGGGAAUUGUAGUCCAGCAAGAAGAUCAAACCUCUCCAUUCUGAAGGAAAUCAGCCCUGAGUGCUCACUGUAAGGACAGAUCGUGAAGCUGAGGCUCCAAUACUUUGGCCACCUCAUGAGAAGAGAAGACUCCCUGGAAAAGACCCUGAUGUUGGGAAAGAUGGAGGCUACAAGGAGAAAGGGGACGACAGAGGACGAGAUGGUUGGACAGUGUUCUCAAAGCUACGAAUGUGAGUUUGACCAAACUGCGGGAGGCACUGGAAGACAGAAGUGCCUGGCGUGCUCUGGUCCAUGGGGUCAUGAAGAGUCGGACACGACUAAGCAACUAAACAACAAAACAUUAGGAGAGCCAUGGGCUCCCCAUCCCUGGAGUAGGGAAUUGCUGCCGCAUGAGACACAAGGCUGAAACAUAGGUGUAUCCAACCUACAACACUGGUAGGAGAAACAGAAAUGAGGCAGAAUGCCCUGUAGGGCAUUUGAACUUGAACCUAGGAUUCCUAGGCAUGUCAUCCAACCUUACUGUGGACUAGCUGCAUGAUUUUGGCCGUGCUUCAUUGUAAACUCUGUUGUUCCAUCCUAAAACUGAAAUAAUGAUUACCUCAAGGGUCUUUACAAAAGGGAUAAUGGUUUUCCUUAUUUUAGCAUUGAGUUUGCUGACUGAGCGUGUCUGGUAUCUGGGAGCCACACUUUUCUGCUGGUUCUUCUCUAGUUGUCCAGAGGGCAAGACAAGGGUGUACCAGAAUCAUGUGGCCUCAUCCAAAGUGGGGACUAUUGUAGGAAGAAACCAUUGCAAUGCUUCUUUGGUGCCUUUCUCCUCACUUCUAUUUCUGUUUGCCUUUAACGCAGCAGCAUUAGACUUUGCAUGGGGAAACCUGCCUGGAUGAAGGCAAUAUUGCAGGGGUUUUAGAACGAAGGAUAAUUAGGUGCCUGACCCAGUUUAUCAGCAUUGCCUCCUUCUUCCUCAGCCCCCACAACUCAGCAUGCUCCAUUCAGGAGGAUCCUUCAGAAGGGCUGGCAGGGGAGGAAGGAGCAAAAAAAUUACAUUUUGCUGAGCACUCUGCUUCUUCCGGCACUUCUUUGGAAUCCAAGUCAACAAGUUUACUGAAAGAUGUUUUAAAGUUUUUAUUGUUCUGUCUCUUGCUGUUUGCUGCCCUGGGCUCCUUUGGGGGGGGGAAGUGUGGGAUGAAAAUGAAUUAAUUAAUAACCCCAUAAGAGAAGUUUGGGGGGCAACAGUUGGCAAGCUACCUUUGCUCCUUUGUCUUUGGCACCAUCAUGCCUUGUUUCCACAGAGUUAUACUCUUGCCAAUUUUGCCGUACAUGUUCUAAAUUUCCCAUUGGAAUAAUCUCGGUUCUUUUAGUUUUCAGUUAUGAUAGCAUCCUGUGAAACCAUACAUUCCAAUAAAAAGUUGUGUGUUACAUCUAUAUUUUUAAAAUAUCCUGAUUGUUGAUCAGGGUUAAACCUAGCGUGGGGGUAAGACUGGCCUAGUUUUCACUAAACUGGUAAACCAGAGUUUAGUCUAUACCACUUCAGAUUACAGUUAGGUAAUUGCACGAUCAAGUGCUCCUUCAUACAAAAAAGUCCCCAGAAUAUAGAAAACUAGAUGUAAGGGAGAAGGUUGGACUAGAAUCUCUCUUUUCAACAUACGGUUUUCUACAUGCAAACAAUUUGAACCCCCAUCUGCAGGUUGGUUCAAGAUGGUUCAGAGCAGGUUUAUUUGUUCAUUAAGAGUUAAAUAUUUGCACCCUAAUUCUGCUGCUGUGUAAACAGUUAGUGCCUCAUUGGUAGUUUCCAGAUGAUUUGUUUGUUGAGCAUCUGCCCUGAUUUAUUUGCAGAGUUUUCAGGGAGGUUAGAUGAACUUAGCAAUUUAUUAAACAUUGAUUCUGAUUUAUUUGCAGGGAGGUUAGAUGACAUUGUGUCAAACAGGUGUUAUCUCACACUUUCCAGUGCAUUUCACGGUCAAUAAGCUUAUUGCAAAAGGCCCAGAUUUUUAAGGAAAUGGUUUGGUUGUGAAAGAGCACCAAAUGCACUUUUAAGUGUGCAACCUAUAUUUGCUGGUAUGUGAUUGAAUCCCACCUAAAGAUAGUGACCGUCUCAAUGUGCCCCAUGAAUAUUCCCCUUGUGCCUGAUCCAAAGCAUACUUUCCAAAUAUGUGGCUUCUCUCUGUGUCAGCAUUCAUCCUUCACUGUUUCUAACAGACUUGCACUUUUUUUUACCAAUCUCCCCGCAUACUUCCCCUUUUUUAACCUGAUGUUUCCAGCAGUUCCUGGUUUAUUUGAUUUGCAGGGUGAGAGAGAGAAAAGAAGAGAACAAAUGGACUUGUUGUCACUGCUCAGUUAUUAUCCCCACUCCCUCAUUUUUAGCUCUGCUUUGCAGAUGCAUGCCAAAGCAGAAUUGUCCAAAUGUGAACUUGAGAUGGAAGACUUAGAACAGGGGUCAGCAAACUUUGCUACCAGCAAGCUGGCUCACUGUCCCUCAAAUCUUCUGGCGGGCCGGACCACACACACACACACACACACACACACGCAUGCAUGCUCGUGUGCACACACAUACCGGCAGAGGGGGGCUUUUCUCUCUCCCCUAGCCUCUCCCCCUCCCCCUGCUUUCUUAACUCCUCUGGUUAGCCGGCGGCAGCUGAGAGCCAGCAGUGGUGGUGGCACCUCUUGUUUCUGGUCCAUGGCCGCAACGCUGGGCAAUCCGAUGCCUCGCCGCCCGCAUGCUGAAGAAACCUGGCGCGGCUUCAGAUUGGCCAGCGUUGCUGCCCGCCCAGAGGCGCCCCUGGCUUCAGAUUGGCUGUGGGAGCUUCUUGGAGCCAAUCAGAAGCCGCCUGCUCACCCAUUGUGGAAGGCAGUCCCCACGCAGCUAUGCCACGCCAGUUUAGCAUGGAGACUGGGCAGGUGGGUGGCAGGGUCCUCGGGCCGGACUAAAGAGCCCCUUGGGCCUUAUCCAGCCCGCGGACCUUAGUUUCCUGACCCCUGGGUUAGAAAGUGCAUGAGAUGAGACACAGGUUGAAGCAGGGAACAAAGUCUGUUAGGAUUGGGGAAGGGUGCAGAGAGACCUUACCUGCCUUUUGAAAGCUGCAGUUCAAAAAUGCUAUUUUUUGUAAUAUGAAGAUCUGCAAUUCUGCUUCAUAAUUUAUCAACUUGGCUGUAAAUAAGAGAGGUGGGCUAGGCUAGUUGCUCAAGACUUCUGCCUUCUUCAUGCAGACCAAAGUUUCCCAUUUCUGCAAAGGAAAUGGGGCCAGCCUGAAUGAAUCAUGACUUUCCUCAUAAGCUUAAGGAAUUGAAGGAGUUAUCUUUAUCCUAAACUUUCAUUCUUAAAACUUUUAUAACAGUACUUUGUUUUCUUGUAGAUUCCUAUUCAUGACUUGUUCCCAGUGCAGAUCUUGUUCCUGAUGUAGAUCUUCACUCACCCUUUUUCCUGAUAUAAAUCUUUAUUCCUCACCCCUCCCGUUCUGAUGUAGAUCUUUAAACCCCCCCCCACACACACUUGGGUCCUGAUGUAGAUCUUCACUCACCCCUUCUUCCCUGGCAUGGCCCCUUUGCAGAUAUUCUGUUCCAAACUCUAGUUACAAAUCCUGGUUAUCUUGGGUUAAAAAUUUGUGCCAAUGUACCCUUUAAGAGCCUUUAAGGCGGAGAGAGGGAUUUGCUUCAGAAAACAGAGGCAGCACUGGAUCUUUUACAGAGGGAGCUCCUGGUCUUUUAACCACAAUUGAUUGGCACUGUUAAGAGUGUGCCAAGAUAUUGAUACGUGGGGCUAAUAUCCAUCUGUGUUCCUUGUAUCUUUUUGUUUUUGUAAUGGCUCAUAAGUGUUGAGCCUAAAUUUCUGGACGCCUUCCAUCGCUUCUCCUACUCAUGCUGCUUGGCUGCCCAGUGUGCUAUUUUACUUGGAGUCAAAAUUGGAAUUGUAAGGGGAAGAGCUGCCAGAUUAAAUAUCAUAUUCCUUUUUGCAGAACUGGUUCCCUGUUGAUUGUUCUUUCUGCUAAUCUUAAAAUACAAUUGCCAUUGCUCAGCCGCUCUCUUUGAUGCACCUCAGCUCACCCAGAUCCAUCUCUUGUCUUCUAAGGUGCCUGUUUCUUUACUUGUUUCUAAAAAAGCAACACCUGCUUUGAUAUGUCAGAGUUGAUGCACCACACCUGUUAAAAAUGUAGGUCGCAUGACUCUGAAUUGGCAAAUUUAGAGAUUUCUCUGAUCUGGGUAUGAGAUACUUUGAGAUCACGUAGUUGGUUAUAUCAACGGCACGUCCUUUCCCCCUCCAGACCUCUUUUUCAGGGUCUGAUCUAAUAAGAUAUUGACUAUAAUUCAACAAAAGCAUAGCCUGCAUUUUCUUAUCAUUGGUUUUUGAAUGAUUUCUAUCCCAUUGUUAACCCACAUGGCUAUCUGAAUAGCAGCCAUGACCAUGAUAUUCUCUUCUACUCUCCAGACUCUUCCCUGGAGAGGUUUCUUCCUAGUCGAAAGGCUUUGCAAUAAGUGUAUUGCUCUUAAUUAUUGAUGCUUGGGGAAUUCCUUUUUUAAAAGAAACCUUCAAAUGGCUUUGCAAAAUCUCUGGUGUUUGCCUUUGUAGUCAUCCUGUGAAAUAUACUGUUAUUAUUUCCAUUUUGUUGGUGGAAAUUUGAAGCAGAGAGAGAGGUUUGGUAUCCAGGGCCAAGGUAGAAUUUCAUUUCAGGCCUCUCUGGCCAAAUCCAACAUUCCACCCCUGUAGCCAUCUUGCUGUCUCUGGAAUCAAAUUUUGGCUUCUUCCACAUAUGCACAAAAGAUAUUUCUUGCUAUGUGAGAUUAACACACACACACACACAGAGAGAGAGAGAGAGAGAGAGAGAGAGAUUAGCACCUCUGUUUGCAAGCUGAUAGCAGCAAGAGUUCUUCUAAGACUGAACUCCCAUGCGGGAUGCAAAUACCAUUGCAGGAAGGGAGACUUUAUUCUGAGUGAAUAUGCACAUUUACUUGGCUGUCUUUAUCUCUUCCUUGCAAACCUGGCAAAGGCCAUGUCUUCUUUAUCUGCUUCUGCACCCCCUCUCCUAAACAGUACACAUGUUCUGUUUUGUUUUUUUAAAAACUAGGAUCCAACUCCUAGACUUUACCAAGCUAUUUGUGUCUCUUCCCCAUAUGCCAUUUCUACCUACUUACGGUGAUUUUUGUUUGUGUGUGUCUUAUUUUUUUCUCCUUCAACUCAUUCCCCCCCCCCCAAAGCCCAAGGACAUACCUUCUAAAUUUAGUAUAGCAUCGUUCUCACAAUCAGCAGAUGGGAUGACAAAUGUUUGCAUGAACUGCACCACUUCAAAUUACAAUUGGGAGUUCAUAGGACUGAAUACUCCUCCACAUAUAUUCCCUGUAGUAAUAAGAGCUCCCGCUUUCAUUGAGAAGUGGUUAAAGCUCAGGCACAGACUUCUUAGCCCAUCUGGUGUCGUCGUCCCCACCUGAGGAUUAGCUCCAAAGGACUGAGAAUUACUUUUAGAGAACUGACUAUACCAACAAUUCAGAAGUAUCUACCUCCCACAGACUGCCUCUGGCUUUUGUGUGCCAUCCCAUUGAGAUAACCAGGACUGUCCUACCCACUGGAGAAAAUAGGGGCAUUUCUCCCAGGCAGGGAUGGGGAAUCUGUGGCCCUUCAGAUAACAUUGGACAGCAGCUCCCAUCAUUUCUGACCAUUGGCCAUGCUGGCUGGGGCUGAUGAGAGCUGGAGUCUAGCCAUAUUUUGGGGGAGCCACAGGCAUUGGACUAAGUAAACCUGAAUGUUCUUCCUUAGUUCACUUGCAGCUUGAUUGCUUGCCCGUUGUUUCUUCUUUUCUCCCCAACAAAAACAAUGUUAGGAAGCUAUCUUUUAUUCCCUAGAAAGGAGGAGUAGAUGCAACAUGUUGCAUGGACCUUCCAAGAUUUAUUCGUAAACUUUUGGCACUUGUUUAGAACUGUAAACUCUUCAGAAUUUGGAUCAUUUCCAGCUUUAAAGAGAGUAUUGGAAACUCUUAGGGAAACACCCAUCCUGUCUUAUAUGUGUGUUUGUGUGCUCUGCUUCUCUCCCUUUCUCUCCCCCACUCCCCACCAUGCACACAUCCACUUUUAUGGAACAUAGGAAUCUUCCUUACAUCAAGCCAGAACAUUGGUCCCUCUUGCUCAGUCUACCCAGGCUGGCAGCAGCAUUCCAGGGUUUCAGGCAGAGAUCUUUCCUAGCCCUGUCUGCAUAUGCCAGGGAUUGAUCCUGGGAUCUUCUGAAACGUGUUUGUGUACUCUGCCAUUGCACCCUGACCUUUCCUUGGAAGUUCUCUGCACUAUUCUGAACUGGGCAACAGAGCGGGAAGGAAGCAGUGUUCUCUGAUGUCGUAGGGCUCAAAAGCUUGUUAACAGACACUGGCUCGCCAGUAGUUCACAGGGUGAGGAAAUAAUGCAGCAUUCUGACCUAGAGGCCCCUCUGUGGCCAGGUGUGCAGGCAUUCGGAGCAUGCAGGCUCCUGCAGAACAACAUCUGGAAUCCCUAAUGGAAUUUGGCUCCUGAAUAGCUUUUGCAGAUGUUCACCUUUUUGAUGCAAUGAGCAUGACUUCCUCCCGUAGAGCUGUAGUGGUGCUAGUUUUUAUUCUUGUCAGUGUAGUGUGGUAACUACAAAAUCUAAUGUGUGAAUUGCUGCUGUGGCGAUAACCUUGGCCAAGGGAUAGGUGGUGGUGGAACCUAUUUGUUUCUAUCAGAAGUAGAAAGAAGAUUUAUACACUUAAUAUAGGAAACUAGGUUAUACCAGAUGGUACUUAUUUGCCCAUUGGGCCUCUUUUUAAACUACACACUUUGUACCUCUCAAAAACAAGUGCAAAAAUACAAUUGGAGUUCAAAGCAAUAAUGCAUUCAUUGGGGACUCCCCUAGAACUGAUGAGAAAAACAUAACCCUCCCUCUCCACUUACCUGCAGUCCAUGAGAAAUUGACUUCAAUGAAAGUAAUAAGCAUAUUACAAACCUACACCAGAAAGGUACAAAAUCAAGAGCGGAUAAAAACAGGGAAAAUGGCAAUUAGGGAAAAUUGUCAGAAAUUUUAAAAAAUCCAAAAGCAAAUUCUCAACCGAAUACAAGUCAGUAUAGAGUAGAUAGGCAAAGCCAAAGGUUCACACAUUCCAAGCAUAAUGGAAUUCUGGAUUUUGAUUGUCUUCUUUUGUAUCAACGUACGCCAAUACCAAGUCGGAAUCAAUUUGUUGGAUUUUGAGGUACCCCAAAGUGUUGUCAACUUAGGUGUCAACUUCUUCUUAAAUGUUAAGUGCCACACCUUGUGAAACUGGUAGCCCCGCAUUGCACCCAGUAAGUCCUUCCUGUGUUUUGCCGGGGUUCUUUGUUGUUGACACUUGACAGCAGCAUCUCUCCAGAGUAUAAGGCAGGUGUCUUCCCUCUCGUCGGCUAACCUGAUCCAUAUAAUCUCUGAGCACAUCUCUCUCUCUCUCUCUCGGCAGAGGGCCACUCCUGUGUUUCCCAUUUCCCAGUCUUUUGUCUUGUGGUGGGGGAAUGGUAGCAUAUCUUCCAUGUGUUGAGAGCCCUUUUUAGCCACCCAAAGCUCAUUGGUUUCUUUCCAACAGCCAGGCCCAGUUUGAGGAUACCCGGCAGCAUCUCCAAAAGCAGCCAGUGGUGGGACAAUGGAAGCCCCUUGCACCAAGCAACAGGGGCCAGGAGCUGCAGCAGCCAGAGCCUUCUGCCAAGGACUCAGCAGGUGGGGAUGAGAACCAGUCCGUGGCGCAACUCAACGUCUCCCGCUUGCGCAGCUCCUCUGUGGAGAUCCGUGAGAAGGGAUCUGAAUUCCUGAAAGAAGAGCUCCACAGAGCUCAGAAGGUAAGAGGUUUGGUCAAGAUGGGAGAACAGGAUGGCCACAUCCAAAUGCCAUGGUAAGCUCUAAACAUAUAUUGGUGAGCACAAGCCACAGGCACAGGGCAGUGCCUUCUGAGUCAGAGCUUGGGUCCAUGUAGCUCAGUGUAGUUCAUACUGACUGGCAGCAGCUCCUGGGACUUCUUCCUUUCCCAGAGAUGCAAGGGACCUUUUUGGUGCAGAGCAGAUGCUCUGCAAUUGAGCUGCAGCCCAUCCCCACAUAUCUGUGACUAUGUGAAGCUUCUUCUGCAUUGCUCACUAAGGGGCAUUCUGGGUCUCUUAUUAGCAUGCAGUGGGAAGCUGCUCCAAGGAACAAUUGACAUUUUGGGUUGUAUCCAGUGGUGUCUGUGCAUGAGUGGAAUGAAUGCUGAUGCAACGGGACUUCACCUUCACCCCCUCCCCACUGCACCAUGCAGGGAGUGUAGGGGGCUGGGGGUGGGGCGGAAAUGGAGAAAUCUUGUUGCGUGAGUAGAAUGCGGCUUGCACAGUGUUGGGUUCACUCCACAGUAAGGCUAUCCUGCUUGCCUUCUGUAUUGAUUCUGUUCUGUCAAAAGCAGGCUCAUGCUGCUUUGUGAGUAAGACAGGUGCUGAGUGAGCAAAACACCAGAAUCCAAUUGCAGAAAAAGAGCGUCUGCCUUUAUCUCUCAGUCUCAAUUAAAGAUGCCACUGCAUAAUGUGUGGUUUGCAUUAUAAAUGCAUGUGUGUACCUUCAAGCAUUAUAGGAAUACAUUUUAUAUUUCUGGUCAUUCGUGGUGGCCUGAUACCUUGGACUUGUGCACAUUGCUUAUCCUUUUUCAUGCUGUUCUUCCAGUUACAAUUGCACUCUUUAAUUAAAGAAGUGUGAUUUGCUUUAAAGGAAAUUGGAGAAAUCAAUUGAUAUUAUUCUUUCAAUGUCUGUUGGGCAAUGGACAGCUUGUAUGUCCUUAGGUUGCAGAGCAGGCAGACCACAGCACUGGUAGUUUUUUCAUAACCAAACAUCCAAACUGGUGUUGAGGGUGUGACAGUUUGGUGUAGUGGUUAAGAGUGGUAGACUCGUAAUCUGGUGAACUGGGUUUGAUUCCCUGCUCCUUGAAAUAUGGGUCCCCCCAACAAAAUUUAAAAUUCGGCUUUGUAAUUCCGAAUUUAUGUGAUGUGAUUUAAUUUGAUUUGAUUGGCCGGUUAAUAAAUUUUUUUUUUUAAAAAAAAAAGAGCGGUAGACUCGUAAUCUGGUGAACCGGGUUCGCGUCACCGCUCCUCCACAUGCUGCUGCUGGGUGACCUUGGGCUAAUCACACUUCUCUGAAGUAUCUCAGCCCCACUCACCUCACAGAGUGUUUGUUAUGGGGGAGGAAGGGAAAGGAGAUUGUUAGCCGCUUUGAGACUCCUUAGGGCAGUGAUAAAGCGGGAUAUCAAAUCCAAACUCUUCUUCUUCUUCUUCUUCUUCUCUAAGAAGAUACAAUACGUGCUGGCCUAAGGGAGACAUAGAUUCUAACCUAACUCCCCUUUCCCACCCACCAAAUAUUUGCCUGUAGGCCAGAGAUAAGAGUUAAUGCUGACAGUUAAGUACCGGUAUCUUUGUUCAAUCUUUUGUGACAUAUAUGGAAGCCCAAGGUAGGAAAACAGGCUGUUUUUCAUUAUGGUGUCUUAGAAACCCUCGAUCAGUAGUUGUGGGGAUGAGGGGUGAUGCCUUAGUUUCACCAGCAUGAGAAGGUCUUUUCUUAGCAUGCCCAUGGAGAGGCUUUUGGCUAAGGCCUUGGAAAGCCACUGUUUAUGAGGUGUGACUUGGUGCCUGCCGACUCCUUAUAUCUGUGACUGUGGCCAAGGAGCCUUUGCCCCAGGUGUGCUGUUUCGCUUACUUGCAUGUUCUGCUCUGCAGGAGUUGAAGUUGAAGGAUGAAGAAUGCGAGAGACUUUCAAAAGUCAGAGAGCAGCUGGAGCAGGAGCUGGAGGAGUUAACCGCAAGCUUGUUUGAGGUACCGUCUCGUGCCUGGCCUGAAAUGAAUCCCGGAGCCUCCAAGAUGGUGCUGUUCACCUUUAGGAACCACUUUCAAGGCCUUCCUUAUGCAAUCGGAACAGGCAUGUGGUGUGUGUCUGUACGAUUGCACAUAUUUAAACCCUUAUCACCUUCACAUCCUCUUCUGAGGCACUUGUGAGCAGUCACAGUGUGUGGGAUGGGGUGCUGCCCUCUCAGUUGUGGCUGUGCUUCUGUUUGCCAAGAUCUGGAGCAGGCAUGGUAGUGGCAAGGGUGGGAGAAACACUUGGUUGUGGGGAUGGGAGGGUUGCCUGUGCUUGGGCCUGCUGCCAGCCCAGUGCUUCCCCUGCCCUCACUGCUGCCCUGCUCCCUCCAGAUCUUCGCAAACAGAAGCACUGCCAGAAGGGUGGCACAGUAGCACUACCCCAUCAAACAUGCCACAGCUGCUUUUGAGAAACAAGUUUACACAAAGCAGUAGAAUUAUCAGGCGUGGCUACAUGUGUGCCCGCUCACAGAAAACUAGCAUGUCAAUGAGACGCUUGUAACCUAGAUGUCUUCCUGCAUCACAGUUGUCUCUAUCCAGGGCACUUAAUAUGCAGGAACAUUAAAAGGUUAUUCUCUCCUGUCCUCCACCCCCUUCUACCAUCACCAGAAGUGAAGAACUGCAUUGUGUUGUUUUCAUGAUCAUGUGCCUCAGCUCUGACAGGAACAUCCUUUUUAAAAAAAGAAAGGUUCUAUGUAAUUUUCUGUAGUACCUCCCCAGCCCUAGGAGGAAACUUGUAUAUUACAGUGCCGUUUAGCAAAUGCUGCUGUUUUGUAUACAGGUGUGUUUUCCCUGGUUUCUUGUUCUCUCUGCUAUAGGAAGCCCAUAAGAUGGUGCGGGAGGCAAACACCAAGCAAGCGGCAUCCGAGAAGCAGCUGAGGGAAGCCCGAGGGAAGGUGAGCCCUGUUCUGCCACAGAGAGCCAUGUCGCCCUUGCAUAUACUCAUGUCAUGGGAGGAAGGGGAACCAUGCCUGCUGGCUCUGCCCCAGAAGUCCACAUAAUGUCCAGUAAAGAAAACCUUCAUGCAUUGGCUCUUCAUGAGAUUGGGUUUCCUGAUUACAUGGGGAACCUUUAGCAUGCCUCUAAGUGUGUGUGGGGGGGUGCCAGCUCUCCUUUUCAGAUUUUGCACUGAAUGUGCAGAGGUUGGCAGCCAGCAGAAUGUGGGGGGGCAGUUUGAAAGAAGGGCUAAUAUGCGGCAAGGAGCAGGUAAAGGUGACUUUCUCAUUGGUCCAACUCACGUUCCAUGAAAACAGAAACAAAGCAAGUUUGGGACCCACUGCUCUAGACCUUUUUGAGUUUGGAAAAGACAUACAGCAGGAUGGGAAACCUCAGGCCCAGGCAGCAAACCCAGCUCCCUAAGUCUUUCUUCCCUGUCUAGGCCUCAAACCUUCUGCAGCUCACACCCGUUCAGCCCAAGCCUCGCCUCUCCCUGGCCCUGCUCCGCAUGUGCUUUUGCCUGGCUGGAUCAUGUCCUUGAGCUGUGGUAACCCCUCUUAACUGCCUGUAAAGGAGAGAUUUUGGGGGUGUUUGUGUGUGUGGAAACCUCUGCAUUCUUGGCUGAAAUAUGGCCUACUGUUGCUCCACCCUCUCUUGCCUCUGACCCUUGCUCACCUCUGAAGUUUAGCCUCCUUGAAAGCUUCCCAGAAGGGAAUGCCUAAAAAAGGGUUUCCCACCCUGAUACACAAUGUCUUAACUUGGGUCCUCCACCAUGAGAAAAUUUCUUCAGAUGACUCUGCACUCCUCCGUUUUUGGCCCAGGAUUCUGUGCCUGCUCUUUAUCCAAAGGCUUCUGGCAUUACGUGGCAGUGGCUGCUCAUGUUGUGACUGUUUUGGAUGAAUGCUCAAUUCAGUCACAGUUCCAAGUGGCUUUUUGGGAACAAGGAUGCGAGGCAUUUAAUAAAUAUUCAAGCAAGAUCAAGGGCAGAGGUGCAUCUUUGUGCCUCAAUUCCGGCCGGGACACAGGGAACGCUUGUGAGGCUAAGAGCAGAUAUGGCCAAACGUUCUGUUGUUAGCUGAAAGGGCAAGAGAUUUGCAGGGCGCACUGGGUGGAGAGGACAGAUAAUUAAUGCCUAGAGCAGUGCAGUUCCACUCCAGCAAGCUUGCAAGGUCCCUGUCUCAAAUUUCGCCUGCCCAUAUAACUGCUCCCAGCGAAAAGCAAGGGAAUGCAGUGGUAGGUGGCCCCACCUAACCAGUCCGUCUGCCAGGGAGGCCAUUGAAGGUUAGUUGUUCCUCGCUAAUGCAGUGGUCCCUGUAAUCCUUUUCUUGAUAAACUUUGUCGAACCAGCUUCUCUAGAACUACUUGAAUGUCCAAAACUCUGAGACACUGCCUGAGGGUUUCUGAAAAGGAUCUGUAGCCAGCAGUCCAGAAUGUAGUCAUAAAAAAAUCUCAUUACCAUAUGGCUGCAGUGCCACCUGUUGACAGGUCCUAGGCAAAGCAUACAAAUGCUUUCUGUCUCUUCACACAAGCUGGAUUCUUGGGUGUAUUUUUUUAUUAGAUUCCUGAGAAGUGCUGCAUUUCAACUCCAAAUAUUUUGACAUUUUAACCUUCCCAUUUUAGGGGUGGGGGUGGGGCGGGAUAGGAAACUGUGGCUAGGACUGUACCAGCUUGCAUAUGUUCAACACAGAAGUGACUAGAUUUUUUGAAAGUGCACUCCUAACAGACAGCCAAGGCUGGUGAGGGGCAGGUGACAAUACUCACAGCACAGCAUCCCAGAUGUAAGUGUGGGGGGACCACGUUAGCAUACUGUGCAAAUAAAAAUUCUGAAUCAGUGAGAGCUGAAUUUGGCAACCCAUAUCCAUAAUAAAAUAUGCUUCGUUUUGCAUAUUUCAUGAUUCCUCUGUUAAGUUUUGGUGUUCCUCCUCACAGAUGUGCAUCAGGCAUCUUCACUGUGCAGCUUUCAGCAAAUGCAGAAAAUGCACCUCUUUAUCCUUGCCCUGAUGGAACGAUCACAUUAGCAUGACAUGAGGGGUGAAUAACUUUGUGGAGUACUGCGGCCCAUGCCUCCUGACCUCUGGGCAUCUGACCCACCUCUGGCUUCUGAGAUUUCACCAGGCAUUACUCAUGCACUUUCAGUCUUACCUUUGUGCUCUUAAGCACUAGAUAUUUUUUAAUAUUUUAGGUAGGUUUCUGCACCUGCAUGGAACAAGGAGCACAUGCAGCUUCAGCUGCACAGCUUGAUGCUCUAGACUUCAUCAGGCUCCCUUUUCCUUUUUAGAGAACAGAACUGAGUGGGUUUGGGUGAGCCAUUACAUGUUCUGCAGGAAACAGGCAGGCAGGUCCCUGGAUCGCAUUCAGAGCACCUGCUUCCUGCGUGGAACUAGGUCCUGUGAUGAAUGAAGAACAUGGCACCGGUGAUCUCUUUUUGUCUCCUGCCACCCAGAUUGACAUGCUGCAGGCGGAGGUGACCGCCUUGAAGACUCUGGUAAUCACGUCUACACCUUCUUCCCCCAACCGGGAGUUGCACCCCCAGCUCCAAAGCCCCUCCAAGGCAGUCUUCAGAAAAGGGCACGGGCGGAAUAAGAGCACCAGCAGUGCGGGCGCUGCCACUGCCGCCAGCCAAGGCCUGCCUGUGGAGCCAGUCAGCAGUGAGUUCAAAGAGGUGGGUCAAGUUUAUGGGUCAGCAUUCUCGCUUGAGGUUUUGGAAGGAGGGGCUACUUAGCAUCCGUCACAUUGGGGAGGGGUGCACAUGAGUGGGGUGUGUGGUGAGGUUAGGGUUCAGAGGGGAAAGGUCCUUUUUAUCUUGAAACUUGCAGACCCUUCUCUGCUCCACUACAGAAAGCAAUUGAAUAGCCUUAAACUGACCUCGUUUAAUUGCAUAAGCCUGGCCAGGUUCUUUAGCUGCCCCGGGCCAGAGCCAACAAUUGCACUAGGAAUGUGGUUGAGGGGGACCUUAAAAGCAGGUGUAGGCAAGGACCUGAAAAAUUCCUUGAGUUGCUUUGACUACCACCUUUAUGCAGCUUCAUGGGGCUUUGUGCUUUCUUAUGAACGGAGUCUUCCUCUUCCAAAUCUUCUCUCCCUCUCACACCGUUUUGCUUUCUCUCCUUGUCUUUCUGUCUCUUCUUCCUUCCUGACCCUGCUACCUUGUCUGCCUAUCUGUCUGACCCUCCCAUUCCUCAAAGUCUGGGGUGCCCACCCUCCUCUCCCUCCUUCUCUGUAUCGUCCCUGCGAAGGCUAUCCACAUCACCUAUGAGCCAGGCUGGCAGUCCCUGGCAUCAGACUCUUCCUUCUCCUCUUCUCUCUCAUGGCAGGUAAUCUCUCUCUCCGUUUGGGGUGGCAGCAGGGUGACCCGAUGGGGAGGAGGAGGACAGGGCUCGCCCGCCUUUCUAGUCUCUCUGGCAAAGAGAUGGUUUUAAGCAAGCUUGAGGUGAAAUCUCUUCUACAAAACCACUCAAGGGCACAAGAGCCUCGUUCUCCUUGACAUCGGUUUGUCCUGCUUGGGGAAAGCAGGAAGGCUUGGAUGCAGUAGCCUCUUACAGCUCCCCACCGCUUUCCGUUCUUUCUUUAAUACUAACACCCAUUUUUGUUCUGUUUUCUCUUUAAUUGUUUCCUCCCUUCCCUCACCCCAUAUUGUGGCUCUGAAGUUGCCUCCCGGUGUCAGGUGAGCAGUCUCUGUAACAUAGCGCUUGUAUGCUGUUGGUUGAGACCUUUCCCGGGGGGGCCAGGAGGAACUUUUUUCAUGGUUAUAUCAUGCCUGUGUUGUAGCUGUUUCUUCUCUUCAGCGUGGUGGGGGCAGGCGAGGGAACAAAUUCUUCUUAAAUAUUCAGCUUGGGAAGCAGCUAACUCGUUUAAAGAUGCGACUGGACACAGCAUAGUACAGUUGUUUCUGCUCAGGGCAUUUUUUCAGGUGGGCACCAUUGCCAUUAUAAGAGAACAAGGGAGGCUUUCAUUGUGAGUUCUGGCACCUCCUCCUCUAGAAAAAUAGUGCCGCUUUUGCUGAUAGGCCUUGAAUCCCAGGGUGCCCUAAACUCUGGUGUAUGUCUUUUAGAGCAAGGCAUGCUGGGAGUGGUUGGGGAAUCCCGUCAGUGACUUUCUGGCUGAAGAGGGAGAGUCUGGAGUCACUUCUGGAUUUUAAAACUGAGUGUUAGAAAAAGCAGAAGUAUUCUUGCCUUUGGAUAUGAUUGAUUGAUUGAUUGAUUGAUUGAUUGAAUUUAUAUACCGCCCUAUACCCAGGGGUCUCAGAGCAGUUCACAGAAUAAAAUCAAGAUAUAAAACCACAAAAUACCUAAUAAAAAUAAAAACAACAACCCAAUAUGCCCCCCUUCCACAAAAAAACACAAUUUGGAAGGGCGUAGGGUGUAAUAUGUGACAGUGCCACAGUGUGGAAACACAAGAGCUCAGAAACCAGAAAGUAAUUGCAGAGAAAGAGGUGACCAGAAUCUUCAAGGAAUCAGGCCUUACCUGACCCCUUGCAAGUUUAGGCUAUGGGUGUCUUUUGGCUUGUGAGCCUGCUCCCUGGAGUAUUUUUGCCUUUCUGCAGUGUCCCAUAAAAGGCCUUCAAUGGAGGGCUCCUUAUACUGAUUUCCCCUCCCAACAUGCUUGUUUCUGGGUUCUAGAAUUGGGCCCAAGAUCAGCACGAUAAAAUUUGCCUGUUUUUCCUCGUGGACUUUGGGUGACCCUUGUUUGCUUGGAUGGGAAGUGAGUUCUCUCCAGCAAAGCAAGGUGGCAGCUAAGCUCACAUCAGACAGGCACCACAUGGGAUGGCAGUGGAAUAAACGCGCUUAGUGGUUGCUGUUCUUCUAUCUCCCAUUGGCACAGGGCUGGGGAACCUGUGGCCUUCCAGAUGUCAAUGGUCUCCAACUCCCUGGCCAUUGGCCAUGCUGACUGAUGGGAGUCGGGAAUCCAAAACAUCUGGGUGGUGACAGUAAGCAUUCAUCCUGAAGAAGAAAUUAACCUUCCACAGCUCCUGCAGUGGGUGUGUGGACACAUACUGGCUUGGGCAUUUUGCAGCUAAAGGUAAACGCUCCCAUUGCUUAAAUUUAUCUGGUAUUAGGAUGGAUAGAAAGUAUGCUGUCUCCUAAUGCUAUUUCCCUUGGCAUGGCCCUCUUUUUCUUCUUGUAGACAUUGCUUCGUGUCUGGAGUCUUACAGAUUCCAAGGCAAUGAAGUCUACUGUUUUGACCCACAGGCCACACUUAUUCUGCUUGUUUGCCUCACAGGUUGCACACCAAAUACUGCUUAGUCUGAGGUAACCUCUUGGUUCUUGUACGCUAAACCCUGCUGACUUCUUUGUCUCUCUCCUCACCCCAUUGUCUGCUCUUCUGUGUUUCUUUGUCGCUGUAGGUGGAUUCCAUCUUGCUUGCCGAAUUCCAGGCUUGGAAAGAGUCUCCAACUUUAGAUAAAUCAUCUUCUUUCCUCGAAAGGAUUUACCAGGAAGAUGUAGGCCCAUGUCUGGACUUUACUAAGCAUGAGGUGAGAUUAAAAAAGGUUUGGACCGAGGUUUUGAGAGAGCUGACAUGCUGGGAUUUGUUCCAGCAACUGCUCCCUCCUUGGAACCUUGCCUUGAUUUCCCUGCCUUUGUUUUAUUUGUUGCAGCUCUCAGAGCUGAUUCAGGCAGCUGUGGAGCAGAACACGCUCACCAUUGAACCCGUGGCUACCCAGGCGCUGCCUGUGGUGAAGGUGUCGGCCAUUGAAUGCGGCGGACCAAAGUAAGGAAACAUUGGCCGCCUCUGCUGCCUCCCCUCCCUCCUCACACAGAUAAACAUCUGGCCUCCUUCACUGCUCCAGGAGCAGUUGCCUAGCAGAGGGAAAUGCUGGCUAGCUGUUCAUGGAGUGCAACUGGUUUAUUCCUUCCUUUUAUAUCCCACUUUUCAGCAUGCCCCAUGUGACUCACAAGAUAGGAAGGAGAAAUCAAAGCAGGGAAGGAAUCAAUGACAGCAAAAGUGGGGAGGGGAAUGAAAUCUUGAACGGCACAAAAAUAAAGCUGCAUUGCAAUGAAUUUUGCAAUCAAAUAGGCAAACCAGAAGGGAGUUGUAAAGCAGAGGAGGGGAACCUCCCAUUAUUGCUAUUGGCCAUUCUGACUGGGACUGAUGGGAGUUGGAAUUCAACAGCCUCUGGAGGGCCACAGAUUCCCCAUAAGGGUUUGCAGAUAUUUUUGUUUUUAGAAUUUUUGUUUUUUGUAUUAUUACUUUUUAUCUUGGACACUGCUUUCAUAGCCUCAGGUGAUGAAGUCAUUUAUAAAUAUGUAAAACAAUAAUACCCAAUACUAAUAAAUAUGGUGCCACCAUCAGGAAAUCCCUGUGCUUAAUAACUGCUGCCCCAGAAGGUUGUUUUGGGGGUGGGGGGCAUUUUGGUACAUUUGGAACAGUGUAGUUAUAAAUUCACCUAAGUAUGCAGGGAUGGUUUUUGAGUGCAAAGAGCCUUCUGUGAAAGGAGGAACAACAAAGGACACACCUCAUAGAAUAAAGCUAGAAUUACAUAUCAAGCUAAAAAGACAGCAAGCCAUAAAAACAAGAGAAUAUUGACCAUUAGAAACUUGUUCAAAUGAAAAGCUCUUUAUUGCAUACUUAAAAGCAGAAAGCAAUGGAGCGUGGAGGCAUUCCAGUCUUUGUGCCAUCACUAAAAUGGUCCUGACUUAUGUCCCCACUUGUCUGGUCUCAACAGGAUGGAGAGCAGGGCCUCUGAUGGGCAGGUUAACCUCAAGGUUCUCCUUUUCUGAGCAACAGCUCAUGUAGGUGAAGACUUACCUUCCAUAGUAUCAGAAGCCAAGGGCAUGACUGAAAUCACAUGGAUUUUCUCUCUCCCCUCUUUAAAAAAAGUCUUUCUCCAGCAUCAACCAUGUUUUCUGGGGCAUGCCAAACAGAACACCUACUGUAUUUUCAUCCUGAUUUUGGUUUCCUCCUCUUGUUUCUUCUCACAGUGGCUUCCGGUCCCAAAUUGUAACGUAAGUUACUUAUUUUAAGGCAACGAUGAAAGGAUGCCUUGCUCCACUAAUAAGUUACUAACUUGCCUACUUACUAAUGGCCUUGAAGUUGGAACUAGAAAGUAACUCUUUAAAAUUCCUGAUGGUUAACCCACUGAAAGCAUAUAAGUCAUCCUUGCUUGGAAUUCUCUUUGAAGCUGAUGGCCUGACUUUCUGUGGUGCUGGGUAUGAAAGCCUAGAGAGACCUCUGGCCAAUAAUUUUCAAUGUUAUUCUGGAAUAUUAAACCCACUUGGCUUUCAGAACUGCCAAAAAUGUACCUAAUGCUUCACUAACAUUUUUCACUUUCAAACACAGAUGCAAGAAAGUUUGCCUGCCUGCAAGUAGCCUGGGAAGCCUCCAUUUCACACAUGACCCAAUCCUAAGCAUGCUUACUGAUAAGCAGUGCUUUUUUUCUUAAAAAAAUUAAAUGUUUAGAGGUACUCUCAUUUUCCUACUCAUAUUGAAAUACUUUGCCUCAAUGAGGCCAAAUUUAGAUUCACAAAAUGUUUAGGGGUAUGCAUCCCCCUGCACCCCCCCCCGAAAAAAGCACUGCUUAUAAGUAAGCCCUACUGAGUUCAGUGGGGCUUCUUCCCUAAGAAAUAUGCUUAGGAUUGCAGCCUUCAUCACUGUAUCCCCUGUUUGCUAAGGGUAGCAAAUAACUGAAAGUGAUGAAACAAGAAUAUGGUGUACAGUAUCUUGAAGAAUAUGUCUCUAAAAUUCCAUAUCCCAACGUUCUCAAUAACAUCAUGCAUUAAACUGGUGCUCUUGGUUUGGCUUUCACUAAUCACCAGCAUAGUUUGGCUUCUCUCUUUCUUCUUCAUUCCUUUGAUGAGCUGUCUUUUGAGGACAACCUGCUUUUUCUUUCUCCCCUUUUGCAGGAAAUGUGCUCUAAGUGGCCUGUCUCGGGCCUGUAGGCAUCGCAUCAAGCUGGGAGACUCUGGGAAUUACUACUACAUCUCCCCUUCCUGCAGGGCCAGGGUAGGUCUCCCAAGAAGCCCUGAGAUUAUUUGCAUAGGGGCAGGGGCAACAACCAUCACAUGGAACUGUCUGGUCCUCAGCAUGAAACAGUGGAAUUUGCUGCCAAGGAGUGUGGUGGGAGGUCUUUAAGCAGAGGCUUGACAACCAUAUGUCAGGAGUGCUCUGAUGGUGUUUCCUGCUUGCCAGGGGGUUGGACUCGAUGGCCCUUGUGGUCUCUUCCAACUCUAUGAUUCUAUGAUUCUAUGAUCCUGUGGAAGUUAACACUUGCACUACAAAUGUGUGCAGUCUUUUGUUUUGCUGAGAACAUGAUGUCCUUCUGCCAUUUCUGAAGCACCCAGUGCUCUUGUACAUAUUGCUCGUGUACAAAACAAACUGUGUUUUUAAGUCUAACAUGUAUUUUUCAGGCUCAACCAGAGCUGAAUUCAUCAGAUGCAUUAAGUAAGCUGUGAAGUGGUGGAUAUUACACAAGUGGGACCUGUUCCCAGCUGAGGUUCUCCUCUUCAUGGACCCAGCCAGUCAUCUGAUCCUCCAAGAUGCUAAAGGGUUCUAGCAAGGCAUUCGCUUCUUGCUACCCCCCUCACCCAAAAUAAAAACCUGAUUCCAUUUUGCUUUCCCAACUGACACACAGCAUUCUUUUGCUGUUGGUCAGGCUCAGUCUGCAUUGGGCUGUUCUUUGUGGGUUUUUCCUCAGUAGGUUUUUUAAAUAUAUUGCACUUCUAUAAACUUUGGGGUUUGGCUCCAAUCUAUCAGCACUCACCAACAGAGUUUGCUGUUAAACUGAAGAUAUCCACAUAACACUGUUCCAUUUUUCAUUUAAGGAAUUCAUUAUGGGUUCCAAGUAAUCAAAUAAAAUGCUUCCUUACUUUUUCAGUGGAAGUCUGCGAAUGGUUCUGAGGAGUUACCUCUCUUCAUUCUAUUCCCCCAUAUAGUAAUCAUAGUAGUACCACCAAAUACAUAUUCAAAUCUCUCACUGGAAUGUUUGAUAUUCUAUAAGCCAUGUGUUUGCAUAAAACACAAUCAUUAGAACAUUAUUGCUCACAGUGUGCAGAAAAGCCCUGAAACACACACACACAAAUGUUCUUUGCCAUAUCUGCUAUGUUUAUCCUUAUAAACAUACCUGAGCCUCUUUUUUCCAUUUUUUAAAAACUUCAUGAAACUCUCUUAGUCAUAUUGGAUUUGCCUCUCCUUCUCUAGUGUGGCUUCUGUUCUUUUGUAGGGUACCAAAAUAAUCCUGUAGUGAAUCCAAAGACCUAUUGUUUCCUCCUGUUGAAACAUGUUGAGCCCAUUCUUUGCAAAGGCUGCAUAAAUAUGUAACUUAUAAAUGUAUAUCAAUAUAUUGUAAAUAUUUUAGUUAUCAGUAUGUCAAUUGUUGUUACUAAUAAUAUUUUAUUAUAUUUAUAUCCCACUUUUCCUCCAUGAAGCCCACGGUGGUAUACAUGGUCUGUCCCCCCUUUUCAUUUUAUCCUCACAACAACCUUGUGGGAUAGGUUAGGCUUAAGAGGCAGUGCCUGGCCCAAAAUCAUCCAGUGAGCCUCAUGGCUGAGUGUGGAUUUGAACCCUGAUCUCCCUGGUCCUAGUCCAACAUUCUAACCAGUACUCCCUCCCUCUUUAUUUUUCCAGAUUACAGCAGUAUGCAACUUCUUCACCUAUAUCCGUUACAUCCAGCAGGGACUGGUGAGGCAGGAUGGUAAGUGAUGUGUAGGCCUUUCCCAUUUUGGAUGUGAAGUCUUGGCUUGUUGCUUACUGGCUAGCUCCUAAGACUGUGCAACCACUUCCUAGCAUGGAGGAACUGCUGACUCAGAGCUCAGCUUUUCCUUCAGAGACUUGGCAAGGAGCUCCCAAGAGGGAGGGAUCGAUUCUUCUGCACAGCUUGUCAUUUUUACCCAAGGCAGGCUGAAGAUGAAUGACAUUUCCACACUAGCCAAAUGAAGUGUGAGGCAGAAUGCAAAGCGAGGGGCAGGGAAACCAGAUAAAACGAGAUGAGCAAGGUGAAGGAGAAGUUUGGUUGGCUGCAAGUCCAGGUUUGAUCCUGGUAGAAUUUGGCCCCUUUGAAACCAAGCUCUGGUCCACAGAUACUUGCCAGAUCAGUGCAUGGGGAAAGAUGCGGUGUCAGAAAUGUCAAAGCAUAUGCUUAAAAAGAGUAUCCUAACACCAUGCCUCUAACCCACAAGGGAAGUAGCUUUGCCAAUCCUUAGCCUUCAUUAGUGACAUUCAGAAGGUGCUGCUUCUAAUGUUAAUGGAUGAUGGGUGGUAUGCACAUUUAAUCAAUGUAUUUUUUAAAAACGACAAGCUGAACAUCCUGCUGUGUUGCUCUCCUAGACACUAGAUGGGUUGGCUUUUCCAAAAGGAGGAUGUAGAAUCUAUUGGAUACCAGCUCCCAUUAGCCCUAGCCAGUACAAUCAAUGGUUCGGGGUGAUGGAAGUUGUCAUCCAACAACAUCUGGAGGGCCACAGGUUCUCCACCCCAGUGUAGAGCAAAGAGGCGUACUUGUCUUCUACUUUAUGGCUCUCUCUGGUGCUUCACUCUCCUCUCUCUCUCUCUUCCUCUCUCCCCUUGCAGUGGAAUUGAUGUACUGGGAAAUCAUGCGUCUCAGAAAGGAAAUGUCCAUAGCUAAGCUGGGAUUCUUCCCCAGUGAGAUGUAGCUGCGGACUGGCACUCUGGAAGGGCAUCACCUUACCACUACUCUGCCAGGCAGCUAGAGGGCUUGACCCAGCACAUCUCCUGGUGCUGGCAGGAUAUAAACUGAAGCUGCCUGAUGUAAACUGAAGAGAUAAGAAGCACAGAUUUCCCCAUUGCAUUAUCUGCAGAGCUUCCUGACAGUGCUUAGCCUGAUGCGGAGUGGCCAAGGGACCAGCCCUUCUGUGGCUCAACUGAAUGAAGUUGUCUUUGGACUCCUCCCUUCCCCUGUCUCUAUGCAUUCCACAGCCAUUAUAUAUCAAGUCUUCUUCAAAGAUCUGCUUCUGCAGGUUCUGAGGCCAUGGCUGGGCCUUGGGCUCAUUAUCGGCUUGCUGCUCUGCAAUGCAAAUGUAGCUGGGCAUUCCCGCACAACAGAGAGAGAGAGAGAGAUUUGGACUCUUCCACGCAGCUGCCAACUCCAACCGUGACUGGGCACGAGGGUGUCAGUGCUGUACGGUGGCCUUGUUUGAUGGCCUCUACGUGUGUGUUCUUCCAGUUGUUUCCCAGGCAGCUCUCCUCCUGAGGAGCCCGCAAGAAUCAGCCGGGGGCUGAUUUCUAUUUAUAGCUCAGGGUUUGCCGUUUGGUUGUGUGACAGAUCCGAUACCUUGCUCUGUGUAGGUAGGCAUCUGUUCUAGGCCAAAACUCUGGCUGGAGCCUCGCUUGUGAUGUAAAAGUGGGGAAGUUGCAUAACAGGCAGUGGCCCACAACCACAUUGAGGUCAGCUGCGCGAGACCGCAGAUGCUUUUGCUCCCACUCUACAGGCCAGAGAGUUGGCUGCUGCCACAUUAGUUUUCUAGGGAGGAGCUGUCCUCAGCUGACACCCUCCUCCCCACAGGCUCCUUCACUGUGCUUUGUUGCUGUCCAAACGACACUCUUGUGGUAUUUUGUGCAACACAUUUCAGCUCCGCUCCAGCUUCCCAUUUGGUGCUUGCGUCUGCCUUGACAGUAUUAUAGACUCUUGUAUGAAACAUUCUCUCUUUUGCUUCAUUCACGUUGGAGCUUAAGAAGGACUUCACAUCUUGAAUAUCCUGGCACAAUUUUGGGGUUUGUACAGCUCAGCCUUCCCCAACCUAGCACCCUCCAUAGGUUUUGGGCUGCACCUCUCAUCAUCCCUAGGAAACAGCCUAUGGUGAAGGAUGAUGGGAGUUGGAGUCCAACAACAGACUGGGGGACACCAAGUUCACCACCCCUCGUGUACAUCCUGCAUGUAUAUUUUUUUUAAGGGGGGGGAGGAUGGGGAUAAUAUUUGGAUUCAAGUGAUACAAAUAAAUCUUGGCCCCUGAAUUGUUUUGGUACUGUAAAAAAGAGAACCACACUUGAUUCUGAAAUUGUAAAUCAGAGUUGGAAGACCUGUUGAAUGUUGACAGAAGUGAAAAGUCUUCCUCACUUAGCUUUUGAUAUGAUUUUUUUUUAAUGGGAAGGGGAGAAUGAGGCUUAUCUUUUGGAUGCUGUGCCUGAUUUCUAAAAUGGGAGCAGCUAGGGUUGUGCUCUAGCUGGAAGCAGCAUCCUCUGCCCUGAGAGCCAUUUCCUCCUAUUCCCAGGCAAAUGGGAGGCUGGCUGGUGGCUGCUCAGUAGUGAAGGGGAGGCGCUCUGCCCAUGCUGGAAAGCACUCACUAUGCUAUAUUCCACAGAUGAGCUCUGGCACUGAGAACGGAGCUUCAACGGUGAACCCUGGUAUCCGUGAAGCCCUGACAGCAUCCAUGGCCAGAGCAUCUCACUAUAAAUACAAUGAAGUACAUUUAAAUCAUCUUGGCCAUAGCGAGUGGUUGCAUUAUCACCUCUGGUUCCAUUAGGCAGAAACUACCGGCUGGUGCUAAAACGUCUUGAACACCCCAGUGCUGCUGGUUGCCCCUUGAUGCCUGCACUGUACGCCUGGCUUUGUGUGAUCUUGUGACUGGCAAUCCCAAUUCCACUCCCUGGAGGAGGAACACCAUAUCUGCUUUCAUAGGAAAGAAUCGCCUGCCUUUUGGGAUUGUGUGCAAUGGAGAGCACUUUUUGGUAUCAUUGAAGUAAAUGCCUUUUCUUUCUUUCCUUUCCUUUUGAGUGCAGUAUCUCCUUAGUAUUACAGGUAAGUGGCUGUCCUAUUAGACCUCGAUGGUUGGAAGAGAAUUGUGGGUUCCCUGCCACUUGGCUGCUCAGUGGCCCAGGGCUUGGUUUCAUCUUGAUCACAUGUAGUAGCACUUGCAUGCUAAGGAUUAUAGUAAAUAUAUAUAUAAAUAUAUAUAUGUAACUUAAAAAGCUAUUCUCCCCAAAGAUGUAUCUGGGAGAAAAUAUUAUUGGAAUUUAUGCUUACAGGAGAAAACGUUGCAACAACACUUGCCUCUUCCUGCUUUAGACAAGGCUUGUCAUAAGUGAAAGGACAGCUUCUCAAGGGAUCCUCUUGACUAUGCUCUCAGCCGUGGGGCCUUCUGCUCCUCACCUCUGCAGGGAUGGUGAACUGCCAAGCAGGUUUACACCCAGCAAAUCUUGAAAUGGCAGAAUUCCUAGUACCUUGACCUGCUUCCUAUUUCCUUGUCUGCAUUUAUGGAGGGGUUUAUCCCUUAUUUCCUACAGCUAAUUUCACUGCGAACAUUAAAUCCUUGAUUCAGUAAGAGAGGAUUCCCAUACUAUGCUCCACAUGGCAAGCUGUGACCCUCCAGAUAUUGCUGGACUACAGCACCCAUCAUCCUUGCCUAUUGGCCAUGCUGGCUGGAGCUAAUGGGAGUUGGAGUCUUCUACAAAUGAUCAAACCAGGCCAGCUCCUGGUUAAUGAUAGUCUACAUGCUGCUUUGCACAUUAUGGCAAGCCACAGACUGACUUACCAUGACCACUUGAACGUGAUGGCUCCCUGAGAAGAGCUCGCACCUGCUUUGCUCCUCCCUAGACUUCUUAGGUCCACAUGCGAUAGCAAUUAAGCCAAGGUUUGGCCUUUGUGGGAUCCUGAGUAAGGUCUCAUGCCCUUAACUGCAAUCUGUAAUCAUAGGACAAAACUUGGCUUCUGAGCUAGGCGAAGAGCCCAGGACUGAAGACAUGCUAAGCCAGACUCUGGCUUAGCUCCAUGCAACAGUGAGCUAAAAAAAAAACCCAGGAAGGAGCAAAGCCUAAGCACCAGCAUGUUCAUGUUAAGUCAUGGCUUUGCUUAGUGUGAUGGGCAAGCUCUCAGUGCCUCUCCAAGAAAGAGUUCUGCUGCAGGAGAAGCAUUCAGUCACGCAUCAUCUCCACACCUUGAUAAGCAUAAUUAUUAGUUGCCAUAUUUCUUAUAUCAUAGAAAGACUUCCAAUACUAGCUCCCUGGUUUUUGCUGCAGCAAAUUAGGAGUGCUAUCUGGAAAUUCCUUACAGUAAACAGACACUACUCUACUGGAAGCAGGUAAUGACAUUGGAAGCUGCCUUCUAUUGAGUCCGGCCUGUGCUCAAAGUUGUCUGCACGUGGCUCUCCUUGGUCUCCGUUUAAUGGGUCAGAUGCUGUAAGUGGGAGUCCCGUCAAUUCUAACGAUGAUGAUAAAUUUAUUGAAGAGCCUGGCUUUCUAAAUUCAUCCACCACUCACAGCCACUCUCUCCAAACUGCUGGAGGAAGCACCUGUUUUGCUUCCUGUCUCUUACGGGAAGGGGCAACUGCUGAGCUGUUCUCUUGGCUGCAUUAUUAUCUCCUUACUCACAUGUUCAUAUUUUAAUAAAAUAUACUGAUCUCUAUUUAAUAAAUAGACUGCAGUACUGACAGUGAGGCUGGUUCUUAUUGCCUUUGGGCUGUUUUAUUCCUUUUGAAGCCUGCAUGUAUUCCAGCUGCAAAAUAAACAGCACAUUUUCAAAGCAGAGUUCAUUGUAUUUCUCUCCUCAACCCCUACGAAGAUUAAUUCUUAAGUAUGAGAUGUUUUUAGCUUCCUGUAGGGAAGAGGUGUGCCCAGAAUUAACUCUAGUACACACUAAGCUUGGAUCACCAUCAGUUUGUGUCAGGAUUACCUGCCACCUGGGCCUUGAAUAGAUUAAGCGGUAAUUAACCAAGGAUAGGAACUGCCAAGCUCAGGCUGAGACUUCAAAGGCCUGUUGGGUCCAGCUGGCAAACGAACACAGAUACUUCUGUCUUGCCUUGUUCGUGGCUAGACAAGCAGCCAAGGGGCAAAGUAGACGAGUGGACAUUUGUAAUGCAACAUUGACAGUAUAAAAAUAAGUAGUCUCAGGUGUUUGCUUUUGGAACAGAGGAAUGGCACCAACAGAUGUGGCACUGCUUAACUCUUGAGAUGGGACAUGUGGUUCUCCAGAUGGCAUCGGACUUUACCCCCCAUCAGCCCCAACCAGUAUGGCCAACUGUUAGGGAUGAUGGGAGUUGUAGUCCAACAGCAUCGGGAAUGUUGCAAGUUCCCCACCAACCAUUUCUUCUGCUUCAAGUUUCCUCCUGGACAUACUCUACUGCAUGUGCAUUGGAACCCUGAUGGGGAUAAGCAAACUCUGAUCUGGGUGAGAAAAAUUGCUUCCUUUCAUAAAAAAGCCCCCUCCUGAUAUGACCCCAAUCUAUUUGCAGGUAUUUUCUAACCAAGUGUUGCCAGUAUAGGCUUCUCCCUAGGGCCAGUCCUAGAGGGCUACCUGCCUCCCCCUCCUCCAAUCACGCCAUGGGCUGUGCCCAGAGCACCCAGCGAAGCCCCUAAGUUUGACCAAUCUUCAGUGGUCAAAUCUUCUUUGCAACUCUCUAGAAAGAUGGGGAGGAAGGGCAUUCUAUAGAAAGAAUGAUUUGAGAAAUCUUUAAACUUGAAAAUAAUACUAAUUCAGAGCCACAGUGGUUUGGGUUCCUGAGAUGCAAGGCCUGGAAGAGAAUUUGGGGAGAGCUAACUUGAGUCAGGAUUCUGGCCUUCUUUGGAACAAUCCUGGGGACAGCGACUAUCUCUAGAAAGGGAGACCUCCUCCUUGCUCCUGAAGCACCUAGGAAGCAAACAGCAAAACAAAUGGUCAUGAGUGCUGAAGGGGCAGGGCAGGCUCUUCAAGCAGCAUGGGGCUGGAGACUAGAGAACAGGGGCCAUCUUCAGUUCUCGAAUCAGCUACACAUUUGGAGCAGCUCAGUCUGCAGGAAGUUGUUGUGGAAGAAGAGAUCUUUACCAAAGGAGGAAAGACACACUUGUGAGUCAGAGGUGCAGACUCUGUUGCCCUUGGGAUGCUGCUGGAGUCCAGCUCCCAUCAUUCCAGGCUGCUGGCUAGGGCUGUUGGGAGUUGGACCACAGCUUCCCCGCCCCUGCUGUAAGUGCUGGCAUGGAGAGAUAAUAGAUGUGGGUGUCACUAAUGCACACAGAGGCGAAGGCAUGGGACAACACACUCUGGGCUGAAGGUGGUAUAGGCUUUUGGGCUUGGCCCUUAAUGUUACAAAGGGGAAACUAAGAAUCAUAACAGUACGUUUCAUAGUUGUGCUAUUAAGGCAGGGCACUAGGUGUUGGAUUUCCAACCCACAGCAGCCCCAACCAGCAUAACUAAUGGUCAGGGGUGAUGGGAGUUGCAGCUUGGCAAUGUUUGGAGAGCCACAGGGGCCCCACCACUGACUUGGUGGGGCAAACAAGCCUAUAGCUGCAGUGCAACCCUGCAUUUCAGAAGAGAACACUUGCAGUUAAUCCAAAAUGUACAGAACUGUAAAACAUUUUGCAGUGGUAAAGCUCUUUGUAAAUAGUAAAAAAACAACAACCAAAUAAACAGCAAAUGUCAAUAGGAGUCCCCACCUCCGGAUAGCUGUAGUUGUAUAGUGAGCCACUCUGCAUUUCAUGACUUAAAUGAGUGAAGAAUGAACUGUGAUGUGUCUUAAUACUUGUUUUGUGCAUAGCCUUCUCUUUUCGGAGGAUUAGAAAUUUAAUAAAUAAUAGCAAAAAAUGCCUUUUAAACUGUGUUUAGGGGGUGUUGUUUUCCAUUGUUAUUAUGGUAUUAUGGAUGAAAAGCGGUAUAGAAAAAAGAAAGAAAGAAAGCUCCAUUGUAUUAGAAAUAGAGCCAUCACUGUAUCAGGGCAAUAAAACUUUCUGAGGUUCCAUUCAAAGGAUUUCUACACACAGCUGCUUUACUCCACUCUUGCUCUUAGGAGUGAACAUCUCCGUAUUAGGAGAAACAUACAGGUGUUGUUCCACACAGAAGUCAGCUUAUAUCUCCAUGUGUCUCUCCAGUAACAUCUGAGGACACAUGGUGUGGAUUACAUUGUGCUCUGGUUCCCCAGCCAAUGAGAUGCAGCAGGGAUUUUAAAAACCCUCCUCUUUAAGUAAAAGUGACCAAAGUGCGGAUGGGGAGGAGAGAUGUGGCAGUCAGGUGGCAACCAGACAUUCCAUAUAGCUUUGUACCUCAGGUUGCACUAUAUAAACACACUUCCAUAACUAGGAAUUUAGUUCCACUGACAUGCAUGUGACUUGGAGAAAAACAAUAAUAAUAUUGGGUGUAAGUACAUGCAAGCUGCAGCAAUAUUCAAUGACUUUCCCAUCCUCUUCGCUGGCCUUCAAGGAUUCAUCUAAACUAGGGAGAAUGUACAUCCCCAAAACAUGGAGAGGGGAAGCACAAACCCCUUCUGCUUUCCCGAAACAGCAGAAGAGGCCAGAGGUCCAUUUGUGUCACUUGGAAAAGUUACGUGAGC